UAGAUUCUCUCUCUUCCUUGAAAGAACAAUUAAAAGUGUAAAAAACCUAGUUGCUCCAGAAAUGGAAAUAGAUGAAAUUCACAUUCAUUUAGCUAGAGGCCUCGAAAAUUUAGUAACUCCUUUUACAGAGUUCCAUAUACUCUCUUUGCCUCCCAGAGCUAUAUAAAUAACCCCUUUAUUUCCACAGUCAAGCGUCGUCAGUUUUUCCUUUUUUUAACUUCUCCGUACUGUUCCUAAAACCCUAGCUUAAGUAGUGUAUGUAGUAAAUCUUCUUCUCUGUGUUUUGUUUUCCCCCUCCUCUCUGAAUCCUCUGUUUCUUUCUGAUAAAGAAAGAAACAAGAUUUAGCCCUAAAAUCAUUUAACCUCGUCACCCCAAAAACCCUAGUUUUCAAAAAUCAUGGAUUCUCAAUUGAUUUUUACUUCUGAUAACCAAGUAACACAAAAUCAAGAAGAAAACCUUCAGAUCUCUGUAAUCAAGACUGAAGAAGGUACUGAAAGUAGUGAGAAAUUGACAGUUCGCAGAAGAAGGGUUUCUUCAGGAGCAAAAACAAAAGAUCGUCAUACAAAAGUUAAUGGAAGAGGUAGAAGAGUCCGAAUCCCUGCUAUGUCUGCUGCAAGGAUUUUUCAAUUAACUAGAGAAUUAGGGCAUCGUUCUGAUGGUGAAACUAUUGACUGGCUUCUUCGCAAAGCUGAACCUUCGAUUAUUGCUGCUACCGGUACUGGUAUUACUCCUAUCAGCUGUGUCACUACAUCUGCUUCCCCUACACGGAGACCGCCACCACAACCACAUUCUCCUUCACAAGCUCUACCAUUGUUGUUAUCAUCGUCGGCUUCGUCAGUUCCAAGUUGUUCUCAAUUGGCCGUUCAAUUAAUGCCUGAAGACCCAACUAGGAAUGUGUAUCCGGAUCAGAAUGUAGGUAAACUCGUUCCUAAAGUUGAAUUCGAUUCGGAAGCAAUGGAUUGUAAAUUGGAUUUGGGUAUAACACCAAUGUAUAUGGAUUUUUCUCUUGGAGACCCGUAUCGGCAUAUGCCCUUUACUGAGUUGUUGUUACAAGCAAAUGGAGCAGGUAAUUUGCAUGAUCCUUCUUAUUCCGAUCAAAAAAAAAGUGUAGAUUUUGAACAUGUUACUCCAAUGCAAAUUCUUAAGGGGAAUCCUUAUCACCAUCUUCCAUAAAUUUUGCCCUUUUCAAUGUCAAGGACUAGGGUUCUUUCUUGUUUUUUUUUUGUUAUGGGUGUUUAGAUAUGGAUGUGGAUGAUAUACUAAACGGUAUAUAAAAGAAAGGAAAGCAUAAAACAGUAUUAUAUGUGUUCCCAGUAAUCUUUUGCUAUUUUUGGUUU